AUGAACCAUCCUUCUACUCCGCCUAGAUCAAGACACAACCAAUCGAGCAAUGUCGUUGACGAUACUUUGACGUUUGGACCGUCUUUACCAUCAUUGAAUAGAAAGGUUACUGUAGAACCAGCUACACCUCAAAAGAAUACGAGUUUAACUGCUCCGGUUACUCCCUCCACUGUACAGAAACAUCAACUUAAUUCAUCUACAAAUUCAAUGAAAAAUGGUAUCCCACUUUUACUUCAUCCAAGAAAUCAACAACAGGCCAUGUUUUCACCAUUUAAUGGGCUUAAAUCUCCUGAAUUUGUAUCACAGAGAAGAAGUUCCAUUACUAAAACUAAUACAGAUAAUGAUAAAAUUUUACAGAAUGUAAGCAGGAUUUUGUUCCCCAAUAAACGUGAGAGUGACGACGAAGAAAGUGGUACCGAAGAUACCCAGACAUUUGCUUCACAAAGUUCCUUACUGCCACCAAAGAGAACAAAACAUCAUAAGGAAGUACCGGCAACCCCAAGUGAUAAACUCAUAUCAUUCAAAUUAGCAGAAGAAUGGAAUAACAAUUCUUCGAAAACUGGCGCGGCAGAUAGUGAUAGUGAGGAAGAAUUUAUUAAUAAAGGAAAAUUAAUUAAUCCAUUUGAAUCAACUAAAGUGCCAAGCCGUAAAUUAAGAAAUAAAAGAAUGCAAAUAUUGAAAAAGGAAAAUGGUAGAAUUGAUAAAGAAGUUACCUAUUUGAACAAAAAUGGUGAAAUUGUGAAGACAAAAGAAGUGAGUGAUAGCGCAAUCAAACCAAAAAUGUUAUUUGAAAGAGAAAUUUAUGAAAACUGUAGCAAUACGGAUUUUGUUGAUUCAGAUAAUGAUAGUUAG